UCCAACAACCAAACGCCCUAUGCGUCGAAUUGUUGGGUGUGGAUUUAAUAGAGGGUGAGGGGCAACAAAGGGGUAGGGGCCAAGGUAUAAAGCUUGCUGGCCUUCAGCUAGCUUAUGCUGGGCUUCAAUUGGAUCAGUUUUCUGACGAAGAAACUAUACUGCAGAAAACUAGGAUGUAUAUUAUGUUGUUGUUUGGUAAGUUUCUAUUUCCCGAAGGCACGGGAAAUAGUGUUAAUUUUAUGUACUUGUGUUUACUUGGGGACAUUGAUGCAAUAAAGACAUAUAGUUGGGGUUCGGCUGUGUUGGCAUACCUAUAUAGUUCCUUGUGCAAAUGUGCAAAAAAGGAUAGUUGUACAUUUAGUGGAUGUGCAUUCUUGCUACAAGCAUGGGCAUGGUGGAGAAUGCCGGUAUUGGCCCCUGCAAAUCCAAACAGUUACGCCUUCCCUUACGCUUCAAGGUUCAAUGCACUCGGAAUGGAUUGGUCCAAAACGCCUGAUUCCAAAAUCAUUUUCUACCGCCAAAUAUUAGAUCGACUAGGACCCCAAGAAGUAAUACCUCUAAAAAUGUCCAUUUUCUAA